AUGCCCGCUCUGGCAGAGUUCCACCCCCCGGCACCCCCAGGUUACCACUACCACCACCACCACACCGGUCCUGCUCGCUCUCGCUCCACGGCGUCGCUCAACUCGGCCUACGCGGCCCACUCGCACUCGACGACGACGAGCAGCAGCUCCUCGCACUCGGCACACACCUCGGCUCGCAUCGCCCACUCCCAGUCCCACCCGCACCUGCGUUCCAACUACGCAGCGCACAACACCCAACGCCACCAGCACGCCAGUGUCAGCGUCGACCACCUGCACCCUUCGUCGGCGCACUACAGCUACCACCCGGCUCACCCAAGCCACUUGUCGACGUCAUUCGUCGCCGGCUCCCACGGUGUUGACGGCGACGACAUGGACAUGGACUUGGACGUCUCGGCCAUGACCCUCGCCGACAUGGGCGGCCCGCCACCGCACCUGCUUCCUGCGACCCCCUUCCCCCACUCUUUCCCAUCCGCACCCCCUCCCAAGACUUCUUCUGGACGCUUGUCGCUCACAUCGCUCGCCCGCAGCCUUGUCUACCGCUACGUGGUUCCGUACCUCCCAUACGACCUGCAAGCCAUCGCCGAGAACCCUCCCGACCUCUCUCGCCCCGAGACGCUCGUCCCCGUCCUCCGCGCCUUGGCACCCUACACCCAGUUCCUCCUCGUGCUCGUCGCCCUCUAUGUCGUGUGGGCCAUCGUCGCUGGGUUUGUCGGGUACAUUGCGCGGUUCAUGCGCUUCUGUUUCCGAAUCGGGCCCGUCAUCGCCCUCAUCGCCUGGGUCAUGGCCGCGACUGGCCAAGGCGGCAUCGACGUCCUCUUUGAGGCGCUGAGGCAGUAUGCCGGUAUGGAGGCUGGAGCCGGCGCGCCCGCCCAGCAGCGCGGCGGACCUCCCCCCGGCCGCGGACCCGCAGGCUACAACUACAACUACGCCUCGAGCGACGCCUCUCGCUCCUCUUCAAGCCGCAACUCGCGCCGGCCCCGGUCGGGAUCCAGCAGCGGGUCCGACUCGAGCUUCUGGGACGCCCCGCCCCGCAACAACAAGCGUCCAGGAUCCCAGUCCCGCGCCGGCGGGUACCACGGUGCCGGCGCCGCCAACGCCAACGGCGUCCCGCCUCCCCCCGACAUCCUCUCAGCCAUCUUUGGCGGCGCGGCCGGUGACGGCGGGCUCGGCGCGCAGGUCCAGGGCUUUGUGCGCCAGGCCGUCGCGCGCGGUGUCGGCCUCGAGUGGCUGUUGGGCGGCGCCAGCCAGCAGCCCGAGGAGAGCAAGGAGGAGGCGAGGAGGAGGUCGUGA